AUGGACGGCGUCCUUGGGCACUACAUCUCCGCUAGCGGCCCCGGUCUGGGCAAGGCGGUUGCCAGCUGGUCCACUCCUUUGUUUAAUGCGGUCACCCAGCAGGAUGAUCUGAGAGAGCUUGAGCAAUUGGUGGCGCCCGACGCCCUCGCAGACGAGGAGUACCUGAUCCUGUGCUGGGGCAGCGAGCCUGGGAAGCAAGCUGAUGUCGCAGACAAGGACCAGGCCAAGCCGCGAGUGCAGGUCACCAAGCGCACGCUCCUUCAGCUCGCGGCGUUUCACGGGUCUCUCCGCUGCGUCAGCUGUCUGCUGGCUCGUGGAGCGAAUCCGAAUCACAAGUCAUCAGAUGGCCUCACCGCCUACGACGUGAGCGUGGCGGCGCACGCCCGGCUCAGCGGCAGCCCCAACGCCCCGACCGUCCGCGCCAUGCUGGACGACGCCGCCGGCAAUUUCACCGCAGACGGCCGCAGCCGCAGCCCCGCCGUCGCCGGCGGGAAGGGCGACAUGGCGCGUGCGGGAAGCAGUAGCAGCUUUGGUGUGGAGGCUGGCGCAGACACGAGCGGCGCCGACGGCGACGACUACGCGCCCGGCGAGUCAUCAAAUUACAGCACGUCUGAGCUGACGCGGCCAGAGUACUCAACCGACACGUUCCGCUUGUAUUGCUUCAAGGUGCUGCGCUGCAGCAAGCGCUACGCGCACGACUGGCGUGCCUGCCCCUUUGCGCACCCCACGGAGAAUGCGCGGCGGCGGGACCCCCGGGAGCACCGGUACAGCAGCAUCGCUUGCCCCGACUACAAGCAGGGCAUGUGCCUGCGGGGGGACACCUGCCAGUACGCGCAUGGCGUGUUUGAGAGCUGGCUGCACCCCAGCCGCUACAGGACGCAGCUCUGCAAGGACGGCAACCGCUGCAGGCGCCCCGUCUGCUUUUUCGCGCACUCGCUCACGGGGGAGCUGCGCACGCCGACGCACGCGUUUGUUCCCGGCCCCGAGGAACGCAUGCGCGUGCCGCAGGCGCUGGAGUUGCAGCUGGCGGCGGCGGCGGCGCGCGGCGGCAGCCCGGGGCACGAGGGCGCAGACGCGCCGGGCACCUCAGGCGCGGGCGGGGACCAGGGCGUCGAUGCAGUGUCGGCGGCGGCGGCGGCCGCCGCGGCGGCCGCGGCCGCUGCGUACGUGCAGGCGCACCACGGCGCCGCGGCCGCAAGCGCGGCGGGCGGUGGGGCGAAGGCGCUGCUUGAGCAGGGCGCCGCAGCCGCGGCGGCCGCCGCGGCGGGCGGGGACUUUUCGGCGCUGCUGCGCGGCUCGGCGCUCGCGAGGAGCGGCAGCGGCGGGGGCAUCUCUGACGCCGCCGGCGCCGCGCUAGACCAACGGGACCAGCAGCAGCCGCCUGCCGGCACGGGCACGGGCGCUGGCGCGGGCGUGGGCGCGGGCGUGGGCGCGGGCUCGGGCCCGCAGCAGCAGCGUGCGCGGCCGUCCAUUGAUGUGUCUACGGCCGAGGCGGCCGGCGGCGCAUGGGGGGGCCCCGAGGAGAGUCCGGGGUCCUCAGUUCCGUCUGCCAGCCCCGGCGGCGCCCCGCACGACGCCGCCAGCACCGGCAGCGGCGGCGGCGGCGGCGGCGGCAGUAGUGGCGCCGGGACGCCCGCGGGCGGCGCGGCGGGCGUGACCGCGCCGCGCAUGUCCAACGCAGGAUAA